AUGAAACUGGUAGGCUAUCAAUUUGUCAGAUUAUUAAUUCUUUAUAUACUACUUUAUCAAAAUUACAAUGUAAUAAAUGCUUUAAAUAAAAAUAGGCAUGAUAUUAUACACAAUGGGGCACACCAAAAUAUAUACUAUCCAAUAAAAUGGCACAAUAAAAAUGCUUCAGAAAAAGUAAUCAAAACUAAAAAUAGGCAUAUACAAAAUUUUAUAAUGCCACAAAACUGUUUGCAAAAAAGGGAACAUGACAAUAAUGCCAAAAGGAUUAAUUACACAUUUAUGAAAAAUGUUAAUCACAAAAAAAUACUUAAUUGGGGAAAUAAUAACAACACAUCUCUUUCCCCUUUUUCCUCUCAAAUUGUUAAAAGGCAUAUGAAAUUGUACAACCAAAAAAAUACACUGUCAGACAUAUAUUCCAAAAUUAUAGAAAAAAAUAAAUCCAAAAAUAGCCUAUUAAGUGAUAUGACCAAACUUUUUAAAAUAGUAAAAAAAAGUAAAUAUAUAUUUUGUUUGGGAUUUUUAUUAACUAUUAUAUCUUCUGUUAUGGAUUCUUAUAUCCCAAUUUUUAUGUCAAAAGCUAUUUCACAUAUAAUGAGUAAAAGUGAUGAAAUAAUUGGAAAAAUAAAUGACACACCUUUUAAACCAGUUUUUUUAUUUUCCAACUAUCAAAUUAAUAAACCCCUAUAUGCAUAUAUAUUAGUAUCAAUUUUUAGUUUAUUAUUUUCAUCUUUCAGAUCUUAUACAUUUAAUCUAUGUGCUUAUAUAAGUACAAACAAGUUACAAAAUCACUUAUUUAGAAUAUUAUUACACAAAAAUAUUAAUUACUUUAAAAAAAAAGGAACAGGAGCAUUGUUAAGCCGAUUGAAUAUAGACUCUUCUGAAUUAAUUGAUAUAUUUACUACUAAUAUAAUAGUGUUACUACGGAAUGUUAUUAAAAUGUUGUUAUCCUUUUAUUUUUUAUACAAAAUUAAUGUUAAACUUGUUUUUAUCCCUUUAUGUAUUGUUUUAUGUAUUUAUAAUAUCUCAAUUUUAUUUUCAAGAAUAUUUCGAAGCAUAGCAAAAGAAGAAAGUAAUAACCUUGCAGAAUCAAAUAAUAUCAUAGAACAAUCCAUCAAUAAUUUCUCACUGAUAAAUACAUAUAAUACACAUAAUGAAGAAAUAGAUGCAUUUAAUAAUUAUAUUAAUGAUAUUUGCAAUACCCGAUCGAAACUCGGAUUUUUUUAUAUUUUAGAAAAGUUUAUAAUUCGAUCAAUUGAUAUUAUUACCUUUUUUAGUACACUUAUAGUUAUUAAACAAAUUAUUCAGAACAAUAAUACCAAUAGUGAUAUUAGACAAAUUAUUUCAUCUGUUAUAUAUAUACAAAAAAUUAUAUCUCAAUCUUCUACUAUUGAACAGCAAUAUUCACGGGUUCAAGAAUUAAUAGGAAAUGCUGAAGAUGUUAUUAAACUAAUUGAAAAAGAUACAUUCCAAGAUAAUCAAAAUAAAUCUAUUCAUUUAAAAAAUUCUUAUACGAACUUUUUUAAUUUUACAAAUUUUAAAAAUUUUAUUUUCAAUUAUUCUAUUUUAAAAAAAAUGAAAGCUAUUCAAAAAAAUACAAACUAUGUCACUAAUAUUAUAAAGCCUAACUAUAUUAAACUCUUUGAAAGAAAUUAUAAUAACUUAUCCAAAUACAUAAUGGAUGAUAAACUUGGAUUUGAAGAAACUCAACCAGAUAAAGAAGCCCUACAAGAACAACUUCAAAUGAUUAAUAAAACUGCUCAUAUUGAUAAUUCUACAAAUAAAGACAGUGGAAAUACUCCUGAAAAUUCAACAAAUAAAAUUAAAAAAAAUAAAUUCGAUAUAAGUAUUCAAGAAAUACAUAGUUUUAUCAAAAAUGAUCAUGAACUUAUAAUAAAGUAUAAAUUAGAUAAAAAAUUCACAAACUUUUUAAAAACAAAAUAUAAAAAAAACAUUAUAUCAUUCAUUGUAAAAUUAUAUGAAAAAAGAAAUAAUUUUGUAAGUGAUGAAUAUUUAUUUAUGUUUGAUAAUAUUAGUACAUUUAGCCAAUUAACAGAUGCAGAUAAAAAAAGUAUACUUAAAAUGAGCAAUAUAACAAAUAAUACAAUAUUCAUAACUCUUCUAACUUUUCUAUUUUAUAAUUAUUCAAAGUUUUAUUAUAAAAAACAAAAAAAAAACCCUAUAAAUCUUUUAGAAAAAAAAAAAACAAAAAAUACUUCUACUACACAAGACACAAUUAAUAAUAAUAACACAUCUAUACUUCCAGACGGAUAUAAUAACAAUAUUUCUAAUGAGAAUAUCGUUGAACCUGAUUCUUCGAAUACUGAAGAAAUAAAUCUCGAUGAUGUUAUAAAUGAUCCAAUAAUAUAUGACUUGAAUAUAAAUAGCACUUCUAAUGAGACAAGCAGUUCCUAUGUUAACAACAAAUGCAAUGUUCCCGACACAUCAAAUAAUAGAGAAACAGAUAAAGAAGCUACUCAAAAUUCGAAUGAAAUAAACAAACAAAAUAAUAUAUGCCAAACAGAUAAUGGACUAACUUCAUCACAUUGUGACAUAGCCACUAAUGACGAAAAUUUUAUAAAACUGAAAAAAAAAAAAAAACUUAAAAAAAACAACUUUAAUAAUAUAUUAUCAUAUAUUAUGCAAAAUGCUAUAAAAGAAAUUGAAAUAUUAAGAUAUAUUGAUGAAAAUUAUAAAAAUAUAAAUGAAAAAUUAAUGAUGAAUAAUAUAAAUGCUGACAACAAAAAAGGAAGUAGUCUUACAUUUAAAAAUGUUGAUUUUUAUAUUGAAAAAUAUCCAAAAAAUAAAAUUUUAUCAAAUAUUAAUCUACAUUUUAAUAAUAUGUAUACAUAUGGAAUAUUAAGCUAUAAUAAUUCAGGUAAAAAUGCAUUAACAAAAUUAUGCUCAAAAUUAUACACCAAAACUUAUGGUAGCAUUCUUAUAGAUAAUGAAAAUAUUGAAAAUGUGUCGAAAUAUAUAUUAACAAAAAAAAUGUCAAUAGUUGAAGAAGAUACAUACUUAUUCAGUGAUAGUCUAAUUUAUAAUAUUCUUUAUUCAUACAAUUUUAAAGAAAAAAAAAAUAAUAUUAAUAAUAAGUUAUCAUACUCCAAUUAUAAUAUAGAACUGGAUAAAAAUAAUAUAAAAAAUUGUUUGCAUUUGUUUCAAAGUGAUAAUGACACUCUUAUAAAUAAAGAAAAAAAUAAAAUGAAUGAACCUACAACUAACCAAAACAUAAUUACACAUACACACGAUCAAACUAUACAAGAUCAUUUAUUAAUAGAAAAAAAAAAUAUAAAGACAUGCCUCAUGUGUGGAGAUCAAAUUAAUAUAGCCUUGUUUGAUCAUAAAAAUAAAAAAAUGAAAAAAAUGAAUAUAUAUAAAAAAUAUAAAACACAUUUUAUUACUAAAUUAUAUAAAGAAAUAAUAAAAGUAUCUAAAGUUGUAUGCUUAGAUAGUUUAAUAAAUUCAUAUAAAAAUAAAUAUUUUCAUAAUAUUAAUUCUCAUAACUUAUCAGGAGGGCAAAAACAAAAAAUUUCAUUAGCUAGAGCUAUAAUUAAAAACCCUAAAAUAUUAAUUUUAAAUGAAGCAUUUAGCGCAUUAGAUUCAACAAAUGAAUUAAAUAUUUUUGCAAACAUAAAAAAAUAUCUACCUAAUUCCACUAUUAUUAAUAUUUCACACAAAAUCAUCACAAUUAAACAUUGUGAUUAUAUUUAUGUUUUAAAAAAUGGAAAAAUUAUUGAACAAGGAUUACGAACAAAAUUACAAGAAGACAAAAACAGUGAAUAUUCGAAAAAGCUCAACGAAUUUUAG